CAGAAUCGAUUGUGGUGAGUCGUCCUGAUGUGCAAAAAAAAAAAAAAAAACUCAAUGAAAGGAACCCAAACAGGGACCUGCUCAUCUCACAGGCUUCCUCUGAAGACAAAGAACCAGGAACUGGAAGGAAACGUCUUUGAAAGCCGAGGAAUGAAGAGCAGAAACAAAAUGAGGGAUCCCAGAAAACCAAAGAGGAGAAAGGCACUGCUGACAGUUCCAAUCAAAACACACCCAAAAGAACUCAUACAGCUGUGAAAGGUUUCUCAUGUACGACCUGUGGAAAGCAUUAAAGUAAAAUAUAUCACCUAAAACGUCACAUGAGCAUUCAUACCGGAAAGAAGCCCUUCUUAUGUACAACCUGUGGAAAGGGUUUCAGCACAAGAUUUUUCUUAAAACGUCACAUGAGAACUCACACAGAUGAGAAGCCUUACACAUGUAUAACUUGUGGAAAGGGUUACGGAGACAAAAGCACUUUAUUUUAUCACAUGAGAGUUCACACAGGCGAGAAGCCUUUCACAUGCACAACGUGUAGAAGAACUUUCACUCGAAGACGUGGUUUAAUUUAUCACAUGACCACUCACACAGUCAAGCCUUUCUCAUGUAUGACUUGUGGAAAGAGUUACAGCACAAAAUCUCUUUUAAAACGUCACAUGAGAAAUCAUACAGAGGAGAAGCCUUACACAUGUACAACAUGUGGAAAAAGUUACAGUGAUAGCAGUGGUUUACUUUAUCACAUGAGAACUCAUACAGGAGAGAAGCCUUUCUUAUGUGAGACUUGUGGAAAGGGUUACUGUGACAGGAGUAGUUUGCUUUGUCACAUGAAAACUCACACAGGUGAAAGGCCUUUCUUAUGUGAAAUCUGUGAAAAACGAUUUAGAACUCGAUCUGAUUUAACCCAUCAUAUGAGAUCUCACACAGGCGAGAAGCCUUUCUCAUGUUCUACCUGUGAAAAAAAGUUUACUGUUGGAAGCAAUUAUAACCUGUGUUAUGCCCAAAAGUGCAUGCCUGCCGAAAUAUGCAUCCCCAGUCGCGGGAGCGCGCCUCGCUCUGUUGAACUGCAUAUCGACGAGGAAAACGAGGCACGUGACGUCGCCCGGUACGGCGGAGCCGGGACCCCACCCUGGAGCCAGGCCUGGGGUUGGGGUUCGUCGGCGAGCGCCUGGUGGUCGGGUUCUUCCUCGCGGGACCCGGCCGGGCCCAGCCCGAAGGAGCGACGCGAGGCCAUCCCCCAGUAG